GGACUUAAAAUAAAGAAGUAAAUUCUAAAUAUAAAAAUUAUGAGAAUGUGCUCUUAAACUCGUGAAGAAGAAGAAAUAGUUAAAAUGUGCAUCAAAAUUGAAUCAGACAACACUUCACUUUUAGUUUUAUAAAGAACAAGAAGGAAAAGGAAAAAAGGAAAAAGAAAAAGAAAAAACUGGUAUAAUUGUGCAAGAACAAAGAUGUAUUUGAGGAAAAAUCUUGAGAACGUGUCGCUGAAAUUGAAAAUUAGCAAUAGGAAAUUGUAUGUACUAGGUAGGGAUUAUGGUAAAUUUCACCAAGAGAUCCAUUCCCUUCUCUCUAUCCCCCACACAAAAAGGUGGUGGCAAAAAAAAAAGUUCUUUUUGUACACACUGCGAUGAUGGUGAUGAUGAUGCCUGCAAACCCCAACAGCAGCAACAACACCACCACCACCACCACCUACACUAACACUAAACUCACACAACAAACAUUUUCAGUCUCACUCUCGCUCUCUCUCUUUCUCUUCACCCAUCUCUCAUUUUUUCAUCUCUUUUCUUCUUCCUUUUUCUUUCUUUUUUGGUUGUAUUCUUUACUCAGUUCAUAGCCAUGACCAAUCUCUGCUUACCUCCCUAUCACAUCUCAUGCAAUUGUAGUGACAACCCAUGUUAGAAAGAUAGAGCCACAGCACACAACCUUAUUAAGGAAAGCUGUUGUUCUCUCUUUUUUUCUUUUCUUUUCUUUUUGUUGUUAUGGAGAACAAAUGUGGAUGUUGGUCUCUUCUAAAACGAGGAGUUAGAGGUGCUUGUAAACCCUCUGCCUCUAAAGACUCUGCUAACACUAUCCCUCGUACUAGUCUUGUUUAUGAUGCAGGUAUACUAUAUUGUAUUGACUCAAAUCUUGUCCGAAAAGAGAAAGAAAGACUGCUCCUUUUUCAUCUCCAUAAGGCUACUGAAACAAGGUAUCUAAAUGCUAGCAAUCGAGAAUUAUGUCCUCCUAAUGAAGCACAAUUAUCUUCUGAUAAUCCUGAUCCACCACCAACAGAUAAUAAAUCUCUAUGCCAGUUACUCCAGUUCACCUUUCAAGAGCUCAAAUCAGCAACUGGCAAUUUUAGGCCUGAUAGCAUUCUCGGAGAAGGUGGAUUUGGAUUUGUGUUCAAGGGAUGGAUAGAGGAGAAUGGGACAGCACCGGCAAAACCAGGGUCAGGAAUCACAGUUGCUGUUAAGAGUUUAAAGCCAGAUGGUCUUCAAGGCCAUAGAGAAUGGGUGGCUGAAGUGGACUUUCUUGGACAGCUUCACCAUCCUAACCUUGUUAAGCUUAUUGGGUACUGCAUUGAGGAUGAUCAACGGCUGCUUGUUUAUGAAUUCAUGACACGUGGAAGUCUUGAAAAUCAUCUAUUUAGAAGGACAAUACCUCUCCCAUGGUCCAACAGGAUUAAGAUUGCACUUGGGGCAGCAAAAGGAUUAGCCUUUCUUCAUGGUGGUCCAGAACCAGUUAUCUACAGAGAUUUUAAGACUUCAAACAUCUUGCUUGAUUCAGAAUAUAAUGCAAAGCUUUCAGAUUUUGGUCUAGCAAAGGCUGGGCCUCAAGGUGACAAAACUCAUGUUUCUACCAGGGUUGUUGGAACAUAUGGCUAUGCUGCUCCGGAAUAUGUGAUGACAGGACAUUUAACAUCUAAAAGUGAUGUUUACAGCUUCGGAGUUGUGCUGCUUGAGAUUUUGACAGGCAGAAGAUCAAUGGAUAAGAAGCGCCCUAGUGGUGAACAGAAUCUAGUUGCUUGGGCUCGGCCUUAUUUAGCUGACAAGCGAAAGCUGUACCAGCUGGUGGAUCCCCGAUUAGAGCUGAAUUACUCCCUUAAAGGGGUCCAAAAAGUUUCUCAAUUAGCUUACAACUGCCUCAGUAGAGACCCCAAGACUCGCCCUACAAUGGAUGAAGUUGUGAAGGUUCUUACUCCAUUGCAAGAUUUAAAUGAUCUUGCCAUCUUAUCUUACCACUCCCGUUUGUCUCAACAAGCAAGGCGCAAGAAGAAAUCUGAAGGAACUCAGCUGCACAUGAACGCAUCAUCCAAAAGCAUCAGAGAUUCUCCCUUGAAUACUGGCAAGCAGCGUUGUAGAUGAUGGAUCCACCUUUGCAUAUUGGUUAUGUGAAGCAAUUAUGUCAAGCUUGUGGUAGAACUUUUGGGUGUUUUAAUAUUUGCUUGAGCCAAAAGAACAUCAGAAGAUGAGAGGUAAAUCAGUUUCCAUAAAACCUUACGCUAGAAAGCUAACCAUCAAUCACCAAUCAUUACCUUCCUUGCGAUUUGCCUGCGUCGUAAUUGAGAUGUAUCUUGUAAUUAGAUAAAACCAUUCCACUUCUAAGAUUGCUAUAUGCAGCUACAUGAAUGUCAAGUGCUUUGAGUUCUUGGAA